AGUACUAAUGUUGAAAUUUGAAAACAAUUUAACCAAACAUGAACUUAGCCUCUAGUAGUAUACUCUUUACUCAAUACUCUAGCGAUGUAUCGUCUAUUUUUUACAGUAAAUUAAUCUAGUUAAUAUUUUUAUCUUAUCACUCACAUGGUUUAUUUAUUAUCUAAAGAAUUAUAUUCAUGGUAGCAAAUCUAAUUUUUACUUGUUAUUUGCAGUAUAGCAUUCAAUUCAUAAGUUUGAAAUAUAAGCAAUAUUAUAUUAUUGAACAGUUUUGUAAUAGUUUCAAUUAAUUUCACAAGUUAUUAAUAUGGCUCUAAACCCUGAUAUUGUUCUUGUUGAAGAAAAACCGCUUUACUGUCCCUCUAUGAACGAUGUAGCUCAAGCUCUUAAAGAUGGCCUCUCCGAAAACUUUGAAACUGUUGAAGUCAGUGUUGUUGAUUGUCCAGAUCUAACACAGAAACCCUUCUCGCUUGCCAGUCAAGGUUUGGGUGGUUCACCGACAAUAUUGGAGGUGGGCGGUGUGCCAUUUCUGAUGCCUCUUGUGAAUCGAUCCAAGAUAUAUGAUUUCAAGGACAUGAACAAAGUGACCGGAGUAAACCCUGCCUUUAUCGUCGGGGCGGGUGCUGGACCUUUCACCUACGCAGGUGUUAAUAGUGAGCUGGUAGCCAACCUCGUGGUGAAGGAUGGUGAGGUGCGCCAGCUGUCGCAGAUCGCAAAGUUGAAAGAUGAGAGCAAAGGAAAUGAGUUUGUCACCGAGACACUGCAAGACUCAGUGACUUCGUUUGCUCUAUUGGCCAACCUGUUCGUGAGCGAAGGAAAACCAGGCAAAGUGUUAAGGGUGCACUGCGCCAAACGCAAGGGGACAUCCGACUUUGUGACGGCUGCCAGAGACAGCCUCCUGAAAGGGUUUCCUGGAAAAGCUAUUGGAGUUGGAGGUACGUUCCUUGUGAACGGCAGCAAGGUGAAGCAGCACAUCAUGGCAGACUUUACAACUACACCUUUGGACACUGAGGAGAAGGUCAACAACUGGUUGCGAUUCUACAGCAUGAACCCACCGCUCGUCGCUCUGGGCACUUUCGUCACCAAUGAUCCGGGGCUGAACUUGCGUGUGAUCCACUUCCACGCACUGAGCGAUCACGGUGAGGCAGGCCAUUACCAUUAUGAUACAGAGCCGGAGAAGGUGGAGUACCUCGCGUACUUCAACCUCGGGACCAAGGUGGUCCGAAUGGACCGACCUCAGGACGAGAGCAAGUUAGGGCAUAAUUGAGUGCAGGUUGCAGAUGCCACAAAAACAACAGUUUUACCAUGUGAUGACAUAAGGUGUUUUCUCUACGACCACCACACAAAACAUACUUUUUUAGACACUAUUGCCAGUAACAGAAAAAAGUAGAGGGCUUGACUCUUUUACUGAGCCACUAAAUUGUAGAAGAGAUAUUUCAGCAAACACCUACUUAAACCCUGGAUCUGCCAGUAAUUUUUUUCUAAAGGGAUUUUCAACGCUAUUGCAUGCUUUAAAACAAUAUUAUUUGAUAUAUGUUUUAUAUGAGUUUUUUCAGCUAAACUUAUAGAUUAGAGUCGUGUUAGUCUUGUACCAAAAAGCAUUUAUUUUUUCAAAAAGUAUAAUUUUUUAUUUAAAACAUUUUUUAAAGUUUUUGUUAUUUUAAGGAUAUACAAUAAUCUGGAACUUAACAAUCCAAGAUAGCUAAAAUGUAAGUUAUUAAGUACCUUUUGGAUUAGUAAUAGAUUAAAAGCAUGCUACAAUUAGAUAAUUGAGGAAAUCAUUUUCAAUUGUAAGUUGCUUAGCAACAAAAAUUAAUUUCAGGCACUCGUGUAAAAAUAAUAUAAAAAGUAAAAGCUAUGACAAUUC